AUGUUCAACAAUGCCAACAUCUUGCCUGGUUCCGAAACUAUAAUAAUAUUCGGCAAUGUUCAUUUUUUAGUUUCUUUUACUCCAAGGCAGCUUGUAUCGCGCAUUCUUCUCUACAGCCGGAAAAAAUUGUGUCCCCGCUGUUGUUCUUCCGUACACCGUGAUGACGAAAUGACUGUAACUGACAGUGACAGUAAUGGCGGUAAAGAUGCCGCCGGUAGAGGAUUCAGCUGGGAGGGAGGAGACGAGAGGGGAGGGGAGAGAAGGGGAUGGGAUGGGCCCGGGACAAUGGGGGAAGAGAGUGCCGGUGCAGAAGGCGCAAACAGUGGUUUAGAUGCAAACGACAAUGAGCUGUGUUGGUCAUAUAUUGAAUACAUAGCUCAGCCUACCUUUUCACCUCGUCAACCGCUAAUAUUUGCUCAGUUUUCAGUUAGUCCAAAUCUUGAUGCAGGUUAA